UUCUGGAACUCGGAUACCACUCGCGAUGAUACCUGGUCCUUUUAAAAUAUUCAGUGCGAGGGCUCUACUAUUAGAAGCCUCCAUUCCGUCGACUUUUUUCUUGAGAAGGCGGAAACGAGAAGAUUUUUCAUAUGAAAGGGCGAAGGAGCACAUGGAUUACCAAAAAACAUUAGAAGUACUAAGUAGAUGCGUUGAUUAUGCAAAAAGGGCAAGACAAUGUUUGGGCGAUCUUGAACUAGAAUACGUUCCAGUCACCGAGACAACAAUGUGGCGUAUUGACAACCCUCAAAAGGAAAGAUUUUCCGAGCGUGUAAAUAAAUUCUGGAUGACAAUCAGCGAAGAGCUAACUAAUGACAAAAUAAAAAAUAAAGAGAACGAAUAUGACUUAACCUCGACCACCAAUGUCAAUAAACAAAUGGGAACGUAUGUAAAUGCUACCACUUCUCGUCUUACAAAACGGUUUUUAGAGUGUGCGAAAGAAAGCCUUCCAAAACGCGUGGCAAAGAAUUUAAUGGAAGACGAUCGCAACAAUCCUCUUAUUGUAUCUGGAACAUCUGAUGGGAACGAUUCAGACAAAUCCUAUCACCCCAGAAUUAAGAAAUCUUCAUUAAGUGAGGGUGCAAAAAAAUGGGUUAUCGACACGCUCGAUGUCUCGAGUUUAUUGUUAGAAUAUCGCGAUAUAUCUGUUCAACGAGCUUCUGAGAAUAAAAUCGAAGAGGUUGCUGAAAUACUGUAA